AUGUCAACGUGUAAUGAUUGUUCAGAAAAGAGGAAAGGCAAAAGACCCGAACCUGAUACAGCACAUGAAUUUUCGGACCAACCCGAAUAUCAUGCCAAUGACACUGUUAAUCUGGAAGAAAUCUGUAAUGAUGAAGACGAUGUUUCGUAUGAAUUAGCUGAACUAGAGGAACUCGUAACUAGACAUUUCACAAACGUUGAUGAGAAUGAAGAAGUAAACUUUUCAGGCGUCUUUGAAUUUGAUGAUGACUUACUUGAUCGUUCACAAGUAUUAACUGAUGAUGAUCAAAACAACACUGAAGAAGACAGAAUACGUGGUAUAAUGUAUUAUUUUCUCUUACCAAUUGAAGCGGGAUCUCGCUAUUAUUGGGACAUCAGAAAAAUAUAUAUCCAUAAAAAAAAUUCAGGGCAAGCGACAGUGUAUCUUGGUUGCGCUCAAAGAAUAGAUCGCAAGCUUGCUUGUUCAGAUGGUCAAUUAGCAAAAAGAAUAAGCAAAGCAAGACCUCCGAUUGACCGAUAUGCAUGUGAAGGCAGGAUCGUAAUUAAUAUUAAUAUCAACAUACAUUGCGCGAAAGUAACAAUCUGUCAUCGAAUAACUCAUGAACAUCCUACUUACUGUGAAAAAAAAAUCCCUGAACGUGCCAUAGAAUGGAUAUCCAAUAAUUUAAGAUGCAAUCUUAGAAAAGUUGAAGUCUAUAAGAGACUCUGUGAAGAUGAGCUUAUUGACCCAAAAACACACACUUAUUGCCAAAUCUAUUAUUGGGUAUCAAAAUUCGCUUCUCAACAGUAUGUUAUGAAUGCAUCAAACCAACUCUUGUCAUCCUUGAAUUUCUUGAAACAAGCUGAACUUAUCAGUGAAGGAUAUAAGGAAAAAUUUGAGCUUUUUGCUGUAUUGAUCAAUUGUGGUGGAUAUGGCGUUCCUCUUGCAUAUUUAUAUGUUGAUACUUUCAUUGCUCCAGAAAAUUGCCUUCAAGACCCUAGAAAUAGAAUUAACUCUAGAGUAAAGGUUCUCACAGAAUUCUUUUCAGCAUUGAGGACUGAGGGCAUCUUACCAACAUUCAUUCUUGUCGAUAAAGAUGCAGGCCAAAUUGCAGCAAUAAACGAGGCUUGGUCACAAAGAGCAAAUAUUCAGCUUUGUUUAUGGCAUGUCGAGCGAGCAAUCGAUCGUAAACUAAGAGAGAGUAAACAUAAAUUAAGUCAGUAUACAGCACGGAGAGCAAAUGAAGCUAAUAUGCGAUUCAGUUUUAUUGACAUCUCUUGGAUACCUGAAGGGCAUGAGCAUGACUCAUACUCAGAAGAAAAUAUAAAAGAGAUCCUGAAAAUGGUUAAAAGACAUUCAUUAUUACACCCGCUUAUACCAAUCGACAAAGAAACAUUCUUUACCUCGACAGAAAUCUAUCAUAAAAGUGUUGUUGAAACGUAUACAUAUUGCCGGGAAAGAAAUUUCAUUCACUUGUGGGCAUACUUAUGGAUCAACUGGUAUAAUUUGGUGGACUGGAAUCUCUUUGCAUGUGCAUCAUUUCCAAGUGCAAUCCCGUUAGCGCGAACAACAAUGUUAGUCGAAUCACAUUGGCGGGUUCUUAAGUAUAAUUAUAAAUAUACGUGCAAUCAGCUGCGCUUAGAUCGGCUAACACAAAUCCUAACGAGAGAGCUACUUCCCGAUCAAAUAAGCACUUGGGAAAAAUUCAACAACAAUCGCGCAUUUCCGUCAUGGUGGGGGAUGUUUAAAAAUGAAUGGAGAAAAGUGUUAGAUACGAGUGUUGAAUCUAAUGAUAGAUAUUUGACAAAUGUUGAUACAUGGAUUUGUUCAUGUCCUGCGUUUACCAAUAAUACUUACAUGUUGUGUAAACACCUAGUUAAAGCGUACACAGAUAGGAAUCCAACAUUCCCUCAAUACGCAACAACGAACCGAAGACACGAUUAUCCAUUUAUCCGAUUUGGCGAAACCUGUUCACGAAUUGAUACUGCCAAUAGGCCUUGGACCGAAACAAGUCAAAAUUUGUUGGAUGAAAUGGAGAUUCCUAUGGAUGAAGAUAAUAAUAAUAGUGUUGAAUUAAAUAUCUCUGCUCGUAACGAAUUAAUAGCAUCACGGUUAGCUAGACUAGAGGAAGACAGAAAAGCAUUUGAGUCUUUAGUAGCUAUUGUUACAGAUAAUGUUCAAAACGACGAUUUUUAUAAUGAGUACAAGAAAUUAACGCAAAUGUUAGUAAAAGAAACAAAGGCUUGCCAAGAAGCUUUGAUGGCUAGAUCGCAACAGCAAACUUGGAACCCUCCGCACAAUUCAAGACUCGCUUUUCGGUUACGUUAG